AUACGUUCCAAAGUUUUGUUCAAAAUUACAAUUUUCCCGAAAUUGCGGAAGGAACCUGUACAGAGGCGUUUGUCCAAAUACAUUGAAAAAAAUUGGAACGAACCUGGGCGCCAAAAUUUGUACUCAGUAGCUUCCAAUUUUUCCAAAUUUAUUGAGCAUCACAACAAACCCAGCAACUAAAAAAGGACCUACAGGGCCAACUACAAGGGAGAAGCAGCAGCGGAGGGUACUUGGAUAGCGGCAGGGCCAUGGCGGACCGCAGGAAACUAGGCGCGCCUCUUCGUUCGUCAUGUGCUGGCCCACCGGGCCAACGAUUCAGGCGUUCAUCCGGUCGCCAAGAGCUGGUGCGGCAGAUGAAAGCAGCUGCUGCUGCAUGCUGUGGUGGUUCUCGUGCUGAGCGCGACGGCAGUGGUCACCUCUGCAGCUGUGCACGCUAGCGCUAACAAGACGCGUGCGGCUAUCCACGAGCCACGGCGCCUGGUGUGGGAGGAUCACGAUGCUGACCUAAAGAAGCGGAAGCUUCCGGAGGAUGUAUCGCAUGGAGGAACCGGUGUUCAACAAACUGGCUGGGUUGCUGGAACGGAUCCUCCAACGGAACGACUACGACGCAAGAAAACGGUAUCGACGCGGUGCUGUUCCCACGAAGAUCCGACUAGCUAUCGGCUUGCGGAUGAUGGGCGGUGCUUCGUAUCCCGAUGUCGCUGUGCUGUUCGGCGUGUCCAAGGAGACGGUCUUCAGCAUCUUGUGGCAGGUGGUGGAUGCCAUCAACAGCACAGCAGAGGUUGGGCCGUUCUUUUUUCCGCAGAGCGAGGAUGAGUGCACCCGGCAGGCGGCAGAAUGGGAGGAAAAAUUCACGGGCAGCGCCUUUCAAGUUGUAGUAGCUGCGGGGGAUGGCCUCUUCGUGAAGACUCUUGCUCCGACUGCCCUCAACACUCCGAACGUUCUCUCGUAUUAUUCUGGGAGCAAGUGCGGCUACGGGGUGAACGUACAGGCGACAUGCGAUGCCAACUACCGGUUUUGCAGCAUGUCUUGCAUUGCACCCGGCUCGACCAAUGACUGGACGGCAUGGAACCAUUCGGAUCUAUCCACAGCGGUAAAAACCUGCCGCUAGGUUUCUACAUGCUCGGAGACGCGGCUUACCCCCUAAGCGACCACCUGUUGACUCCGUACCCAGGGAGGGGACUGCCGCUGGACAAAGAUGCGUUCAACUUCUAUCUGAGCCAACUCAGAGUCAGGAUCGAGCAAGCGUUCGGCAUUCUCGUCGGCCAGUGGGGCAUCCUGUGGAAGCCGUUGCGUGUUCAGUUCGCUGGGCGCUGCGACCUCAUCACGGCGCUCUUUCGCCUCCACAACUAUCUCCGGGACGAGAAGGUCACACCAAUCCACCAGUCGGAAGAAGACGCCGAGGUGGUUCAGGUACGCCCCCACCUACUCGGCGACAAGACUCUGCCAGGAACUUUCCGCACGACCACCAAGACCACCAAGGACGUGCAGAAACCGACCAGGUCAGGCGAAGUCUCCACGCGCAAGGGGAUCACGAUGAUGCUGGACAACAAGCGCCAGUACCGCCCAAAGCACAACUUGUGCGCAACGCAGCGAGGAAGACGUAAGGGGUCGAACGCGGGCGGAUGGCGGUGGAGGGUGGGUGGGUCCCGAGGACGUCCUACGUGGAUGAUGGACGAGACGAGGCAAAUGCGGCGGUGGUGGCCUUUGAGGAGCGUGGGCCGUGGCCGGGGCGGGGGAUGUGGACAAUGGUGGUCGGGAAUGCAACGCCUUUGGUGGGGUAGGGCGUGGGGGGGGUGAAAGGGAAGGGAAGGCGCACGGGCGGAUGAGAAGUUUUUUUUUUGAGGGGGGAGAGGGUCGGGCGCCAAAUCCACAUGCGCCUCUACGAGGGCUUGGAGACAAUUUUGCGCAAGUCGUGUUUUAUGCGUUACAAACAUCAUCAACCGUGGUAAUGCCUGACUGAGCGGUGUCCAGUAAGGUUUCGUGUUGUUUCGUUUUGUCUCGGUAAGUGUUGCCGCUUGUCUUGACGUCGUUUGUUUGAGGGUCAUUCCUGCGUUGUGCAUCUCUUGCGCGAGAAAAUUCGAAUGUUGCAGAGAGAGAGGUCGAAGGAGAUUGUAGGUUUCCAAACGCAUUUUUUUUAAAACGUUGGGCGUGUAGGGUAAGGGUGAGCACCCUCCCCCCUGUGUCGGGGAAUUUGUUCAUGUCAUAGUUGCGAGAAUGCGAGAUCGUAACAGAGUUUUUUUUUCUGACCUCACGAUAUUGUCUCUAGGGAGACAGCAGUAUUGCCUGAACGGCAUCAUGGCGUAGACGGUCAGCUCCCACAGCCCGGGAUAACCAUAUCGAGAAUGCAUCCGCGUUCAAACCGUUUUUUACGUUGUAUUUGACUACGUUCGCGUCGUGAGGAGACGUUGUUUCCGAAGCAUCUACGAAUGCAGACGUUGGUUGGUGAAAAACACACCGACCAAACAAAAAACAUGUGGUACUGCUGUGCGUGGCUAAAAAAAAUGAACUUUGGUCGUGCGCCA